GUUUUUGGUCCCCCCAGUGCGCCCCACCCCCUUAUUUAUAUGCGCCUACUGCUCAACCAAUCGGCAACGACACUUUAUGACUGUGGAAUGAGAGGCGCCCGGCCAUUGCGAAGCCGCCCGGGUGACAGCAGCGAGUGCGGGCCGACGGGUGGGCGUUGGCUGGCGCGGGAUGGCGGCGGCCGCCUUGUACUUGGAGCACUACCUGGACAGCAUUGAAAACCUCCCCUGUGAGCUCCAGAGAAACUUCCAACUUAUGCGUGAACUGGAUCAGAGAACAGAAGACAAGAAGGCAGAAAUUGACGCUCUUGCGGCCCAGUACAUUUCAACAGUGAGGAAUAUGACCUCAGAGCAAAGGGUGGAAAUCUUGCAGAAGAUACAGAAUGCUUACACGAAGUGUAAAGAAUACAGUGAUGACAAGGUGCAACUGGCAAUGCAGACAUAUGAGAUGGUAGACAAGCACAUUCGCCGCCUGGAUGCUGACUUGGCACGAUUUGAAGCUGAUUUGAAGGAUAAGCUGGAAGGCAGUGAUUUUGAAAUCCCUGGAAUGCAAAAUCUGAAAAAGGGGCGAACUCAGAAAGAUAAAAAAAGUUCCCGGGGUCGAGGCCGGCGAACAUCAGAGGAAGAUGCUCCAGUGAAAAAGAAACCAAAACGAAGAUCUGAAUUAGCUGAAACCAUCCUCACUGUUCAUCCUUCAGAUGUCCUGGACAUGCCAGUGGAUCCCAAUGAGCCCACAUAUUGCUUGUGUCACCAAGUAUCCUAUGGAGAAAUGAUUGGCUGUGACAACCCAGAUUGUCCGAUUGAAUGGUUUCAUUUUGCUUGUGUGGAUCUCACCACCAAACCCAAAGGGAAAUGGUAUUGUCCUCGCUGUGUUCAGGAGAAGAAGAAGAAGUAGGAGAAACGAUAGGAAUUACAGUUUGAAAGAGAAAGUUUAAUAUAUUUCUACAUAUUGCAAUAUUUUAUUUUUACUGACCCAUCUUCUUGUUUGAUUUAGUAUUUGACUGUUUAGUGGCCAGUUGUAUUUUUGCAUAAAUGGAGCUGUCCUAAUGAGGAAAGAAAGAUUUGGAGAAAACUCACUGCCGUGAUUUUGUUCCCUACUCUGGUUAUGCUUCCAUAGCAGUGUAACCAAUGUAAUGAAGUACUAAGGGGUAGCCCUGCACUGGAAUUUUUGCACAUACACUGAGGUCUGUGAAAUCGGCUAUGGAGUUGCAGGAGAAGAAAAUAAAUACCAUUGUUGAUGAAGCAUAGUCAUUCUGCACAACAUUUUUGACGGAUUUUAAAAAUAACCACCUUUCCAAACCUUAUAGCUGCUGACAAAGAGGUAAUUGUUUUAUGUUGUUGUUUUAGUGGGCAGUUUUGCUCCUUCAGAGGAAAGCUGUAAGGCAGUGGAUUUUUUUUACACUAUCUCAAAGAAAAAUAACCUAUAUUGGUUAAUCUUUGUUCUAUGAGUGAACUUCAGGAGGUUUAUAUCUGUUCUCAUUUUUGAUUUGUACCUUUGGGCUUUAUACUGU